UCUCCCUCCCUCCCUCCCUCCAUCCAUCCGUCAGCUGUAUGUAUCGUUAGCCCGGCAGCUAGCAGCAGCUCACCAGGCCACAGCGGCCGGCCGGUGCAUCAUCUUCAGCUUCCAGCCAUGGCGUUGGUUACUCUGCAGCGGUCCCCGACCCCGAGCGCUGCUUCCACCGCCAGCACAGCAACCACGACCGCGGGGGAGGAUUUUGGGAGUGAAGAUGAACGGCGAAUAAAUCAGAGCCUGAGUGAGAGCUUCUUCAUGGUGAAGGGUGCUGCUCUUUUCCUGCAGCAGGGGAGCAGUCACCAGGGCCAGAAAGCACAUCCUCACCACAAACAUGCAGGCGACUUACCGCAACACCUGCAGGUGAUGAUAAACAUUCUUCGCUCAGAGGACAGAAUCAAACUGGCGGUGCGGCUGGAGAGUGCAUGGUCAGAUCGUGUGCGGUACAUGGUGGUGGUGUACACCAGUGGGCGACAGGACACAGAGGAGAACAUCCUACUGGGAAUUGACUUUACCAACAAAGACUGCAAAAGCUGUUCGAUCGGCAUGGUGCUACCUCUGUGGAGUGACACAAAGAUCCAUCUGGAUGGAGAUGGGGGCUUUACUGUGAACACGGCAGGUCGGACUCAUGUCUUCAAACCCGUGUCAGUGCAGGCCAUGUGGUCAGCUCUGCAGGUGCUGCACAAGGCUUGUGAGGUGUCACGCAGGCAUAACUACUUCCCUGGAGGCAUGGCUCUCACCUGGAUGGGAUACUAUGAGAGCUGUAUUGCUUCAGAUCAGAGCUGCAUCAACGAGUGGAAUGCCAUGAAGGACUUGGAGACCACAAGGCCAGACUCACCCACCAUGUUUGUCGACAAGCCUUCAGAGAGAGAGAGGACAGAGUGCCUUAUCAAAGCCAAACUCAGAAGCAUCAUGACGUGCCAGGACCUCGAGAACGUCACCUGCAAACAGAUCCGUACAGAGUUGGAGCAGCAUAUGAACUGCAACCUGAAGGAGUACAAAGAGUUCAUUGACAAUGAGAUGCUGCUGAUUCUGGGCCAGAUGGACAAAGCCACUCUCAUCUUUGACCACGUCUACCUGGGAUCUGAAUGGAAUGCAUCUAAUUUGGAGGAACUGCAAGAAACAGGGGUGGCCUAUAUCCUCAACGUUACCAGGGAGAUAGACAACUUUUUUCCAGGCACAUUCAGUUAUCACAACAUACGUGUCUACGAUGAGGAGGCCACUGACCUGCUGGCUCACUGGAACGAAACGUACAACUUCAUUGUUAAAGCAAAAAAGAACCACUCCAAGUGUCUAGUUCACUGCAAGAUGGGUGUCAGUCGGUCUGCCUCCACCGUCAUCGCUUACGCCAUGAAGGAGUACGGCUGGUCGCUGGAGAAGGCCUACAACUUUGUCAAGCAAAAGAGGAGCAUCACACGACCGAACCCAGGUUUCAUGAGACAGCUGGCGGAGUAUGAGGGCAUCCUGGAUGCCAGUAAACAGCGGCACAACAAGCUGUGGCAUCCAGAUGCAGAUUGUGAGAUGGCAGAGGGACAGCAGGGGUUGGCUCAGUGUUGUGGAGGGGAGGAGGGAGGCCACCUGACUCCUGAGCCAGGGAUGUCUCCCUGCUGUGAGGAGGCGCUGUCUGAUAAAGGUGCAGCAUGCUCCACUCCGUGUAGGACGGUUGCGCUGGAGAUCGACCCCGCCUACAACAACUACUAUUUCCGCAGACUUUCUGACUCAGCGCUGGACAGUGAACCAUCAACGCCUGUGCGCGGCCCACCCCUUCUUGGCAUGGAGAAAGUUUUUAUAGAAAUCGAGGAUGUGGAGCGGGAUGCUCUCCUUGAUGAUGAGGCCUUUGAUGGGCGUGAAGGCCUGCCCCUCCCCCACUUUGGGCCCACGGCAGAGGGAACUGCCGCCCAGACCUGCAGUCGUGGCCCCGAGCCCCUGGAAGAGCUGCGUCUGAGGCUAGAGUUCAGCACAGUGGAGGAGGAGGAUGAGGAGGAGGUGCAAAAGGAAGAGGCAGAGAUGGAGGUACUAAUGCAGCCAGAUGACGGAGGGGGUGGGGAAGGAGGCGGAGGAGAGGAAACACAAGAUGUGGAGGUAGAGGGGGAUACAGAGGGCAAUGGGAUGGACCUGGCAACUCUGAAUGAAAACUCCAACAACAACAACCAUUUGAGCCCUCCAUAUAACCACAAUGAAGAACCCUCCUCCAUCCUUCCACCUGAUGCUUCUACACUGUCUUGGUGGGAAUCAAAGUCCAGCCAGAAAGAAGACUCUCCAACCCUGGCUUCAAAGCUUUGCCUUAACCCCAGUCCUCCUGAAGUCCCAAGUGCUUCAUUCCCACAGUCCCAUACCUCUUCUGAAAGCCUCACAUCUUCAGUGGGACUGCUGCGCCCCUGUGGCCCCCUGUGUGACUGUGCCAACUGUGCUGCCUCCCCGCCCACAGCUCUACUCGAUAAAGAGGAGCAGCCAGGAGAAUCGCUGCACUUAGUGGAGCCUGAGGACAGUGGUGAUUUGUUGGAAGCAAAGACUGAGCUUGACAAAAGGCAGUCUGCAGCUGCCUCAGAGGCUCUCCCUGAGCUCAUGAGAAUGGAUUUGGAGGAAGAGAAGCCUGCAGUGGCUUGCUACCUUGGCCAACAACAGGAGACCCUUUUACAGCUGCGGAGAUCUGGGCUGGUCCGCCGGCGUGCGGAGAGACUAGAGAGACUUUCAGGUUCAUCCCAGGAGAGCCUGCAUUCUCUGAAGCCUCUGCACGCAUGCCAAAGGUCUAAGAAGAGUCCCUUUCACACCGAGGAGGAAGAGGAGUUCUCUGGAUUUACCGGGGACUUCACUAAAUCUUCUACACCAUGCCAAGUGCGGUUAGAGCCACUGGUGAUGCCACUGACCAAUGAAGCCUUGUUGGGGGUGGUGGGGUCUGGGCUGCUCACACCCACCUCCUCCCCUCAUGGCUCCACCCUGACGCGCAGCUCCAGCAGUGACAGUCUGCGCAGCGUGAGGGGGAAACCUGGCCUUGUACGCCAGAGGGCACAAGAGAUCGAGACCCGCAUGCGGCUUGCGGGCCUGACCAUACCCUCGAGGCUGAAGCGGUCCAACUCGCUGGCCAAGUUGGGCAGCCUCAACUUCUCCUCUGAGGACCUGUGUUCAGCCUGCUCCUCAGAUGCAGGAACACUGCUGCUCCUCUCACUGUCCCCAGAGCCGGACACUGGCCUGGAGUGGGACUCCCCCACCACCUCCGCUCUGCCCCGGCCCUACAAGGACCUGCACACUCCAGAGAGAGCACUACUAGGUGAGCCCAGAAGCUGACACAUCAGGUGGAGGUCAUAUACACUCCACCCACCCCCUCAUCUGUCACCCUGUGGUGCUGGAGAGGGUUGUACAGAUUCUGGAAACAGGAGAGAGUUGAGUCUGAGGAAACAAAUGAAAAUAACAAAACAUAAAGAAAAAAACAAUGCCAACUGUUAUAAGGAUUGUACACUCUCCUUUGCCACAUUGUUUCUCAAACUGCUGUUCACAGUGAUGAAAGUCAUAUUGCUGUAUCUGACAAGUGUGUAAAGCCAUCAGUUCACCUCUAACUUGGUUUGAUUCAUGGACAAACAAGUGCCUUACUUAUGAGACCAGAGGCACAGAGCUGUGUGUUAGACUGCAGGAUGGGACGGUACAGGACACUCUAUAACCUUUAACUUCACAGCUGUUAGUACCUGAUAUGUACCAAAUUAUGGUAUCCAUUGGCACUUAGAUUAUUUUUUAUCUGUCUUUUACAACGCAGUAGCCUACAUUCAUGAACUUGAGUCCCUCGGUGGAGCUUGACAGAGAGCAAAGUGUUAAAUAAAUGUAUAGUUGUUUACAGCACAGUUUAUGUUUUAGAUGCUAGAGGGUUGUAAAAUUAAUGGUUACCUCAUGUUGCAUUCAUGAAGCUCUUUCUCAGAUGAACACUGGGCUGGAGUUUAAUUCAGUUCAUUCGCUGAUGUCUAGUUAAACUGAGGAGAUCAGUUUUGAACUCAUUUUAAUGCAGAGGUGUAUGUUAGUGCAUUAAUGCUUAACUACGUGUGAGUCUCUGAGUGAGUGAGAGGGAGGGACGAACGUGGAGAGAGAGAAGGUCGCGGCUUUGUUUUGCCAGAGGCAUGCUCACUGUUUUCAACAAACGUUUCUGAGUUUGUUGUUCCUUUGCACUGCUCUUUUUUUUUUUUAAUCGAGUGAAUACUGGUACACAGCAAGCUAUCUUCCAAAAUAACAUUAGAGUAAUGUUAUUGACCUCAUCAUUCCCUACAAUGUACAAUGUUCUUGGGAGAGCAGAGUGAGGAGUCACGCUGCAUGGCUUGAAAUCAUAAUACAAACGCCCAGUGUGACAGGAACUGAGGAUUAAUGGCAGUCAGAUCAUAUAAAGUACAUGUGAGGGUUUUACCCAAGUUAAACUUAUCUGAACACUUUGGACAAGAUAUAAACACUAAACAUUUUACACCCAAACCUUCUUUUCCUUAAAUUCAUUCUUGAGGGUUGCCAACAUUUUAAACUCAUUUGUGUUUUUUGAAAUGUGAAAGACCAAAGUUGUUUGGCUGUCUCGACGAAUUGGAAACACCAUUGAAGCUGUACAAAAACAUGUGAAUCAUAAUGUCAAUCAUGUACGUAUUUAAAUGCUGUCACAUCUUUUUGCACCUUUUGGGAGAAACGAAAGAGGCUCAGUGGAGUCGUCAGGCUCAUGGCUGUUAAGCUUUUAUGCUCAUAUCAUCAAUGAGUUUUAAAGCUUUUGUCACACUGACGUGACAACGAUCACAAUAGGUUACUUCACAGUUUUGUAACCAUUUUCUUUUUAUAUUUAAGUAUGCAGUAACUUUUGUACUGUACAUUGCUGUAGUUUGAAUGCAUAUUGCACUUUUUAUGUUGGUCAAAAUAAUGUACUGUAUGUGUUAAUUAUGGAAAUAAACAUUUCUUUUACAUAAUA